UAGUAGUAAUUGCACAUCCCAGCCGUCAAACUUGAACAAUACUUCAUUGAGCUGCAGUGCUAGCAAUUUGCGCUCGAAUCGUCUUCAGACCUCUGUCAUCCAGCAAGCCCAAGCUCAGCUCUUGGCCCAGCAAUAUCAGCAACAGCAGCAGCAGCAAGUUCUUCAUCCUGGCCCCGGAAUUUCCAAGCAAUUUCUGGCAAGCGAGCCUGGAUUAACUGUUAACUCCACGACUGAUGAUAACGGCCCUAUAUAUCCUACUGAGAAGGUACUCACACUCUAUGCAUUCACGCGCAAUCAAAUCGAGGAGUUGUCUUUCGAGGCAAAUGAAGUAUUGGAAGUGAUCGAGAAGCCGGCAGAUGACCCAGAUUGGUGGAGGUGCCGAAACUCACGCGGCGACCUUGGCCUGGUUCCACGAAAUUAUGUCAGACUCAUCAUUUCAGCGCCUAAUCCCUCUCUGACCGUGCCUGAACAGACUCAGGCUAUUUCUCCGGCUAUGAUGGUGGGCCAGCGUCAUCAGCCAUUUCAUCUACAAAAGCAACAUCAUCUACAGGAACUUCAGCAGGGCAGCAUUAUUAACCAGAGCGCCGGAGUGGCCCUCUCUCCGAAGCCAAAUCCAUCACAUUCAUCACCUCAAACGUUCAUCAAACCUCAGCAACAGCGCCCUUAUCAGCAUUUAGAGCCUGGAUAUCAAGACGGAGAGACCCUGCGCCUUGAUUACGCCAGUCGAUCUCUUGCAGCCCGUUUGUCUGCGGACAAGCCUUGGUGCUGGGGGGUAAUUUCAAGGGCUGAUUGUGAGAGCAUGCUUACCGAAUUCGCCUUGCCUGGGGAGUUUGUCGUGCGAGACAGUGAAUCUCACGUGAGCCACUGUUUCAGCCAUUUUCUUAUUUCAUUUUGUACACAUUUCUCGAUAUAUCUUCGUUUCCUACCCAUAAAUCAAAGGAUAUAUUUGUAA